AUGUCCCGUCUCUGCGUCUCUAUGUCCAAUACGUUGAAGCCAGCUGGUAGGAUGGCCGCAAGAGUACGAAGGGAAUACUGGUCGCCCUGCCUGGGAUAUCCCCGUCUGGAGAACAGGAUUGCAUUUGCCGCAUGCCUGUCCGCGUUCGCCCAUGGCGACCAGGAUAAUCCACCCAAGUGGGACAAACUGCAACAAUGGUAUAUUACCUUCUUCGUCAGUGUGCUCAACGCCCUCACGUACGUUUCCUGCUCCAUUUUGGAUACCCUGUGUGACAACCCACCAGCUGGUGGUGCGCCGAGGGCAUCUUGUCGGCAGCCACCGGCAUCGCCGAGGAUUCCAUGUCUCCUUCGAAGUCACCACGCUUUGCGUCUCGCUGUACGUGCUAGACUUCGCCAUCGGUCCCGUCUUCCUGGCUCCGCUCUCCGAGUACUUGGGCCGACAACUCGUCUACGUCGUCUCGUGGUUCCUCCUCUUCAUCUUCAGCUGCCGCUUGCCCUCGCCCCCAACAUCGGCACCAUCAUCCUCUGCCGUUUCUUGGCAGGUCGUGCCGGUGUGGACGGCGCGGUUGGAGGAAAGGGGGGGGGGGGGGGGGGCUCUGAAGUCUAUUCUGUUACCAGAUACCAGACGUACUCGGCCUUGGCGCUGGCGGGGGCUCCCCCUGUUCGCGAGCCAGAUGUAGCAGCGGCUGGGCUACGAGUGGGCGUCGGGUCUACUGUUCUUCUACAUGGGAUGAGCGAUGCCGCUGCGGAGUCCGCGGGCUCGUGA